UUCUGUUCGAAUCUAAAACUUUGUCUACACACACAAUACCUUUAAUAAACAGUAAAAAACUUGGACGACGAAUUUCCAAAUUAUACUUUUAUUAAUAAACAAACAUCGUUCUUUGUAACGAAUAAGCGCGCGCAUGCGUGAAACAUACGAAAGAUGCGAGUAACGAAAUGCAUUCGUGUGUAACGUUUCGUUACUCGUUACUAGAUGCCGCACCCGUUACUCAGUAACGAAUACAUACGGUUUGCUACAGCUCUAAUGUACAUUUCGAAUUUAAAAUUCCUUUCUUAUUGAAAGCUGUUUAGCUUUUUUGUCAUAUUGACAUUCUUGUGGAAUGUUUAUAUUGUGUUGUGGUGUCACCGAUAAUUUUUUUAGGCCAAAUAAGUAUUUAAUACUAAGGUACACAAAACUAUAACAUAUGUUCAUGAAUUAUUUAGGAAUGGAUUCAUUAUAUAUUGCACUUAGCUUGUUCAGAAGACAUCGUUACGAAGAUUGUGCUUCUCUGUGUACUGAGCUGCUUGUAAAAAAUCCUUAUGAUCAGGCUGUGUGGACUCUAAAAUUGACUGCUCUGACUGAACAAGUUUAUGUUGAUGAUAUUGAAGCUGAAGAAGAAGGAAUCGCAGAAAUCCUAAUGGAUAAUGAUGCUGUGGCGCAGAUGCCAAGACCGGGUACAUCUUUGCGUACACCUGGGACUGCUGUUGGCUCCAGGCCUAAAACCCAGUCAGGACGACCAGUGAGUGGGAUGGUUCGCCCAGGUACCCUCUCAAGCAGACCAGGUACCAUGGAACAGGCCUUAAGAACACCUCGUACAGCGAGGACUUCUCGACCUGUGACCUCACAGUCUGCGAGAACUGUGCGGUUAGGUACUGCCUCCAUGGUUUCAGAACCAGAUGGUCCAUUCAUUCAGCUUUCCAGAUUGAAUAUGUCUAAAUAUGCCCAGCAACCAAGUAUUUCAAAACCUUUGUUUGAAUAUAUAUUCUAUCAUGAGAAUGACAUUCGUCAAGCUAUGGAACUUGCAGUACAAGCGACGCAAGCCUGCAAGUUUAAAGACUGGUGGUGGAAAGUGCAGCUCGGGAAAUGCUAUUUCAUGCUUGGAAUGAUUCGUGAUGCAGAGCAACAGUUCCGAUCUGCUCUCAAGCAACACCAAAGUAUAGAAACUUUUCUUCGCUUGACACGAGUUUAUGUUAGACUCGACCAACCACUGUCUGCUCUGGAAGUGUGUAAAACAGGCCUUGGGUACUUUCCAGAAGAAGUAACGUUGACAACAGAAAUGGCUAGAUUAUUCGAAGGGCUGAAUGACAUCCCAAUGUCUGUGAAAUAUUACCGUCAAAUAUUGCAACAAGAUGCUACUCAUGGAGAAGCGAUAGCAUGCAUCGGUAUGCAGCAUUUUUACACAGACCAGCCGGAGGUUGCUUUGUGUUUUUACAGAAGACUAUUGCAAAUGGGAAUCUACAACGUAGAGUUGUUCAAUAACUUGGGUUUAUGUUGUUUCUAUGCCCAGCAGUAUGACAUGAUGUUCCCUUGCUUCAAGCAGGCACUCAGUUUGGCAACGAGUGAAGCGGCAGCCGACGUGUGGUAUAACAUUUCCCACAUUGCUCUCGGGGUCGGAGACGUGAAUCUUGCCACCCAGUGUCUACGCCUGUCGCUGUCUGCCGACAGCAAUCACGCCCCAUCGUACAACAACUUGGGUGUGCUGGAAAUACGCCGGAGCCAUCCCGAGCAAGCCAGGGCGUUCUUCCAAGCCUCGGCGAGCCUAGCUCCGUACUUGUUCGAGCCACACUUUAACCACGCACUGCUUUCCCAGAGAGUCGGGGAUUUGCAGAUGAGUUACAUGGUGGUGCAGAAGGCUCUUCAAGCAUAUUCAAGUCAUGUUGAGUCUAGAGAACUUCUGCGGAACCUGCAGGCACAUUUUUCUUUUAUCUGAGUGCACACUAACAUAUUUCUGUAAAUGUGAAAUGUUACAGUCUGAUAGUUCCACCACUCUUUUUCUCAGUCUCAAUAAUGAGACACUUGCAGCAUGACAGGUUGAUCAUCCAGACAGUUUUACACUUUUUCCUUGCCAAGCUGAUCCUUAAACAAGCACCAUUGACACAUAAUUCACCUAAGUUUAGUGAAAGCACCUUCAAUUGUAUCACAUUUUAGAGCUCAAUCAGAGGUAACUUAAAAGGUCCAUAUCAAAUCCUUGGGAAUAAUGUAAGUGGUUUCUUGUUGCCUUUGUCCAAAAUGCCAUUGGCAAAUUUUAGCUGGUGCCAUUUUAAGAAACACUUUCUUACUAUGAGAACAAGUGAAGUGCUUUUCUUCAUUCCAGAAUGUAGUUUACUUAGAUCAGUUACUGUUUUUUUUGUGCAGACUGUACCACUUGUGAGGAUUACUCCUGUUUGAUAUUGACAAGGCAUAAGAGUUUAAAUGAGAGAAACUAAAAGGAUCCACAGUUCAAAAAAUAUGGAAAUUUAUUUUAGAAGAGUGUAAGGAACAGAAGGGUGCUCGAGAGCUGCAAUUAUCAAAAUAUUUAUUUGCAAGUGAAUAUUUAAUGGGGCUUCAUUUCUCCAUAUGCAGCCAAGCAGCACACAGAUCUCAAUAUCAGAGAGAAUCUUAUCACUUUAUACCUCGAUGUAAAAUGUUUUGUAAAACUGAAAGUUCACACACACCCUUGCUUAAACUUUUGACGUUCUACAGAUGUCUGCUGGCAGUUGAAUGGAAUGGAUUAUCUGGAUUGAAGUUACAGGCGAGGCACAAGCCGCAGGUCUGGAGGCGGCGUGGCAGGGGUCAUAUGACGACGGUGGCAUCUUGGUCCCAGACAGCAUGCAGCCUGCUGGUGUCAUGGAGUCUGCUCGGCGGGGUGUUCUCCGAGAGCGGGGACACACGGCGGUCCUUGCCACCGUGGCCCCGCCACAUCUGGUGCGGGGAGUUGACAUCGCACAGAGGCAUCCUCUGCGCAGACCACGGUCCUUGGAUACAACACGCUUGCAAGAAACUACCUUAAGCAUUGAGGCAGUAUCAGCAGGCAUUUAAAAAAUCUGCAUAUCCGUAAUAUGUAUAAACGUAACAGAUUAAUAAGAUGGAAAGAAUUAUUUGGUGGCCAUAUCUGGUGUAUUGUGGUUGAAUGUAAAAAUAUCUAUUUUGUAAGAAAUUCAUGUAGAUAUAACCCAUAACCCAAAUAUCAGUGCGAAGGGUAAGCGAGUCUAACCGAGAUAAAAUGGAAAGUGGAGAAAGCCUGUAAUGACAGACAUGGAUUGACAAAGUUGGAAAAUGAAAAAUGUAAAUUCACUGGAAUAUUCUCCUUGUUCGCUAAAUAAAAACAAUAAAAAACAAAUGCCACUCAAUCAGCUACAAGAGCCUUCCCUGUCGCUGAUUAUAACGUCUGUUCACAAGUGCUAUGCCUUGAAAGAUGCAAGUUUUCGACCACCCAUUUCCGGACAUGUGCCUGUCAAUUGAAAGGUUACUACUGCCAACAGCCUGUUUCCGGACACGUACCAGUCUGCCUAGAGCAUUGUGCUGCCGGAGAGACACAAGUCUCCAAGAAUCGCAGGCAGUUCCGCCUCCCGUCAGUUACGUGUCCUUAAUCAGUUGGCACUAUAGGGGCAGCUGUUAGUGUGUGUCAAGGGGGCAAGAUUUGGUGAUGUGUGUUGGGUACAAUAAACUGCUUGCACUGGAAAUUGUCUCGAGUCAUCUACCGGCUGGAACCUUGUGCAUGUUCUGGCGGGGAGCCCCCGACAGAGACUCUACAGCGCCGUCUGCACUCUGGCCGCGCUUCUUGCCAGUGAGAUACCAACGAGCCUUCGUGAAGAAAGAAGCUACAGAGUAGUGACCAGCGCCACGAAAGGCAACACAUCUUAAAACCUUUGUCGUACAUAAAACAGCAUAAAAAAUAAUGGAAUGCAACAUCUAAAACCACAUUUAAUUGAGCUCACUUUUGACUAACAUUAAAUAAAGUUAACAGAUUUUGCAACAUA